AUGAAACAGAUAUGCUCAAUACUAACACAUGCCAUCGAAACCGGCCGGUUUGUUGAGCACCUUCAUUUACCGAAGAUUAGUUAUCGUUACUCCUUAUAUCUCUCUCAUCCUGUGUAUAUUCUCUUUCCAUCUGUGACCCAUCUAUUCAUUGAUGCUUCAUUGCUUUCACUCUCGCAGAAGUCCACAUUCCUGAUAUUGGGUCUCAAAUCAUUUUCUCUCUCUCUGAUAUUGGGUCUUGGUCUCUCUGUCUACUGUGAUUUUUAGUUUAUUUGCUUAUGACCAUGGCAAAAGCCUUGCUGUUUUUCUGCCUUUUCCUUUUUUCUGUGAGCUCUUUUACUCUGUCAAAUGGGGCUAGAGCUGCAAUACAGAGCCCUAGAAAAUAUGCAAAAAUAUAUGAGUUGAAGAAAGGGGACAUGCAAGUGAGGGUUACUAACUGGGGUGCUAUCAUACUCUCUGUUGUGAUCCCUGAUUCAAAAGGAAAGUUGGAUGAUGUUGUGCUUGGAUUUGAAAAACUUGGUUCUUACAUCAAUGACACUACGUACUUUGGAGCCAUAGUUGGGAGGGUUGCGAAUAGGAUCAAGGAUGGUCGAUUUGUAUUGAACGGGCAAGCGUAUAGGCUGUUCAGAAAUGAUGGCAAUAAUACCCUUCAUGGAGGGCACAGAGGCUUUUCCAAGGUUUUCUGGACAAUGAAGGAAAAGCAGGAUGGAGAGUUCCCCUAUAUUACUCUUACUUAUCACAGUUUUGAUGGGGAGCAAGGUUUCCCUGGUGAUCUCGAUGUGUCAGUUACAUACAAACUUGUUGGAGACCUACAGAUUAGCGUCUCAAUGGAAGCAAUCCCAAGAAACAAGCCAACUCCAGUUAACCUAGCCCAACACACUUACUGGAACCUUGCAGGCCAAAACAGUGGCCCCAUUCUUGGUAACACAGUUCAACUAUGGGCCUCUCAAUACACCCCAGUUGACAAAACCCUAAUUCCAACCGGUGAAAUCUUGUCUGUUGGCAACACUCCUUAUGAUUUUCUCCAACCCUACACAGUUGGUAGCCGGAUCAGUGAAGUUGCCAGUGGUUAUGACAUUAACUACGUUCUUUCUUCUUCUAAAGAAAGCAAUGGAUUAAGAAAGGCAGCAAAGGUUACAGAUCACAAGACAGGAAGGGUCCUUGAGCUAUGGACUGAUAAUGUUGGCCUUCAGUUUUAUACAGGCAAUAUGCUGAAUGAUGUGACUGGGGGCAAAGGCGGUUGCGUUUAUGGUAUACAUGAUGCACUUGCUUUGGAGACACAGGGGUUCCCUGACUCUGUUAACCACCCCAACUUUCCUUCUCAGAUUGUGAAUCCUGGUCAGGUUUACAGGCACAACAUGCUGUAUAAGUUCUCAUUUGUGUAGGGGUGUUGUUUCAAAUGGAACCUUUUCGGGUUCGGAUAAAUGUCUUGAGAACAACUUAAGACUAUUUUAGGGGGUUAGGCAUUGCUAGUUUUUCUUGCUCGUUGGUCUCUGGGUUUUUUCCUACCCUUUGAAACUUAUUAUUAUGGCCUACUGGUCUAGAACUCUAUAUGCCUUUAAGGGCCAUGCACAAAAAACCAUUUUAACAAAACUGAAGAAAUAAGCAGUUGAUAUUUUUGCAAUUUAUUGAUAUUCUGGUCAA